GGGUGGGGUCCGCCUGGGCUGGUUUCAGCCCUCCUCCCGCGGACGACGAAAUGCGGAGGAUAGCUUUCCCUAGUCUAUCCGCCAGCGCCCCCCUGGGGAAACAGAACUUCGUGUUCCGCUGCGGAGCCGGACGCCUGAAUUGAGUAGUUGGGCGAAUCAAGGCAGGGAAAUCGGACUCCUGGGUCGCUGGUGCAGCAGAGCCUGGAGAGGCCUUCUUUCGAUUCCUAGGAUAUGUUUGCUGCUUCUUCCUCUCCCCACGGUUUAAAUGGAUCGCUCCGCCUAUCUCCUCCCCCGCUCCUAGGGCGCAGUGGAGUGUUCCAUUGCCCCUCCGGUCCCGGGCCUGCGUUGCAGGGGACGCAGGCACGGUUGCCAGGGAAAGCCCCGGACGUGACGGCUAAGCGCGACCCCGAGCAGCCUCCCCUCUCCCAUCCGUCAUUCCCCUGCGCGCGCUGUCCUCACACCCUUCCCCUCCCCCCACCCCGUGGGUUCCAGACGAGGGAGAAGUAAACAGCUGACGGAGCAAGGCUUACGGACCCAGGCCAGGCGGGAGCAUGCUGGGGCUCCGGGGGCCGCGGCUCCCCGCGGCGGGGAUCCUGCUCCUGUUGCUGUUCCUGCUGCUGCUGCUGCUGCUGCCCGCAGCCCCUGCGCCCCAUCGCGCUUCCUACAAGCCGGUCAUUGUGGUGCACGGGCUCUUUGACAGCUCGUAUAGCUUCCGCCACCUGCUGGAAUACAUCAACGAGACACACCCCGGGACUGUGGUGACAGUGCUCGAUCUCUUCGAUGGGAGAGAGAGCUUGCGGCCCCUGUGGGAACAGGUGCAAGGGUUCGGAGAGGCUGUGGCCCCCAUCAUGGCAAAAGCCCCUCAAGGGGUGCAUCUCAUCUGCUACUCGCAGGGGGGCCUGGUGUGCCGGGCACUGCUCUCUGUGAUGGAUGAGCACAAUGUGGAUUCUUUCAUCUCUCUCUCAUCUCCACAGAUGGGGCAGUAUGGAGACACAGACUAUUUGAAGUGGCUGUUCCCCACCUCCAUGAGGUCAAACCUCUACCGGAUCUGCUAUAGCCCCUGGGGCCAGGAAUUCUCCAUCUGCAACUACUGGCACGACCCCCACCACGAUGACUUGUACCUCAAUGCCAGCAGCUUCCUGGCCCUGAUCAAUGGGGAAAGAGACCAUCCCAAUGCCACUGCAUGGCGGAAGAACUUUCUUCGUGUGGGCCGCCUGGUGCUGAUUGGGGGCCCUGAUGAUGGUGUUAUUACCCCUUGGCAAUCCAGCUUCUUUGGUUUCUAUGAUGCAAAUGAGACAGUCUUGGAGAUGGAGGAACAACUGGUUUAUCUGCGAGAUUCUUUUGGGUUGAAGACUCUCUUGGCGCGGGGGGCCAUUGUGAGGUGUCCGAUGGCUGGGAUCUCCCACACGGCCUGGCACUCCAACCGCACCCUUUAUGAGACAUGUAUUGAACCUUGGCUCUCCUGAGGACGUCCCCAGGGAUCCACCAGGAUCUCCCUGGCCCAGACACCAAGUGGUGGCCUUGGAAAGCAGAUGUCAGGCUCUGGUGUGCCUGUGACCACCUCAUUGCUCCCACACUGCCCUUACCAACCAGGGCUCCCAAGACCUGCCUCCUCUGCUCCUCCAUGAAUGACAAAUCCUGGUCUUCCCCACCUCAUGUUCUCUCACUGGGGGGUUGCUCCAUGCUCUCCCAUUUUCCCAAGGCCUCGGUUGGGAAGUGAGAAACCAGGUUUUAACUUGUGGCUGCUCCUGCUGCUGCUGCUCCUCUGUCUCUGGCCCUACAGGAGGAGAACCCAGCCCCUGCCCACCACAGGGGUCUCCUUCCAGGCCACUCAGGACAUUUUUAGCUUCUGGUCUCCUAUGUUCCCUUUUCCUCUGAACUCGCUGUCGUCAGUGCUCCCAACCCCCAGGAAGAGACUGCCCAUGAGAGUGGGGUUCUGAGGCUCCCCUAUGGGGACAGUUCCGUUCUUGAAGUGUCAGUGUUGGGGAAUAUCUGUGGCCUGCGAGGCCCAUCUCAGGUUUGGGGAUCCCCCAGUCCCUAUGUUCAGUGUUGGGGUACCCCUGGGAGCCUAGUUUCUUUGAGGCCCCAGCCCCUCUUUUAUCUACCCUUGAAUGGGUGUUACCCCUGUAUUUAUGGAAAUAAAGUUCCAUUUCCUCAG